AUGGGAGCCAUGGCUUAUCCUUUACUCCUCUGCUUCCUGCUCGCUCCUCUGGGACUGGGAGCUGCUGGUGCCAGCCGCGACCCUGCGGGACGGCCGGGUUUCCCUCGAGAGAGGACCCUGAGGGCGAAGCAGCACGCCCAGCAGCCGUCUCGAGCCUCUGCCUCGGACCCCUGGGCUCCCGGGAGCCGCUCCACCGACGGCACCAUCUUGGCGCAGAAACUCUCCGAGGAGGUGCCCAUGGACGUGGCCUCUUACCUCUACACCGGGGACUCCCUCCAGCUGAAGCGAGCCAACUGCUCCGGCCGCUAUGAACUGGCGGGCCUGCCGGGGAAGUCGUCGGCUCUAGCCAGCUCCCAUCCUUCUUUGCACGGGGCACUGGACACGCUGACACACGCCACCAACUUCCUCAACAUGAUGCUGCAAAGCAAUAAGUCGCGGGAGCAGAACUUGCAGGACGACCUGGAGUGGUACCAGGCGCUCGUGCGGAGUCUCCUGGAGGGCGAGCCCAGCAUCUGCCGGGCGGCCAUCACCUUCAGCACCCAGUCGCUGUCCGCGUCCGCGUCCGCGUCCGCGUCCGCCCCGCAGGUCUUCCUCCAGGCCACGCGCGAGGAGAGCCGGAUUCUGCUUCAGGACCUGUCCUCCUCGGCUCACCACCUGGCCAACGCCACGCUGGAGACCGAGUGGUUCCACGGCCUCCGGCGCAAGUGGCGGACCCAUGUACAGCGGCGGGGCUCCAAUCAGGGCCCCCGGGGCCUGGGCCACAGCUGGCGGCGCAGAGACGGGCUUGGAGGCGACAAGAGCCCCGUCAAGUGGUCUCCGCCUUAUCUGGAGUGCGAGAACGGGAGUUACAAGCCCGGAUGGCUGGUCACUCUCUCCGCGGCUUUCUACGGGUUGCAGCCUAACUUGGUCCCGGAAUUCAGGGGUGUCAUGAAAGUGGACAUAAAUCUUCAGAAAGUAGACAUUGACCAAUGUUCAAGUGAUGGCUGGUUUUCAGGAACUCAUAAAUGUCAUCUCAACAAUUCAGAGUGUAUGCCGAUUAAAGGCCUUGGAUUUGUGCUUGGAGCCUAUCAGUGCAUUUGUAAAGCAGGAUUCUAUCAUCCCCGAGUCUUCUCAGAGAACAAUUUUCAAAGAAGGGGUCCGGAUCACCAUUUUGCGGAAGGAGCAAAAGAUGUGUCAGAAGAAGCCCAUGUCUGCCUACCCUGCAGGGAGGGCUGCCCCUACUGUGCCGAUGACAGCCCCUGCUUUGUCCAGGAGGAUAAAUACCUGCGACUUGCUAUCAUCUCCUUCCAAGCCCUGUGUAUGCUGCUGGACUUCGUUAGCAUGCUGGUGGUCUACCACUUUCGCAAAGCAAAGAGCAUCAGAGCAUCGGGCCUUAUCCUGUUGGAAACUAUCCUUUUUGGGUCUUUGCUUCUAUACUUUCCAGUUGUCAUUUUAUACUUUGAGCCGAGCGUAUUUCGCUGCAUUCUCCUAAGAUGGGUCCGUCUUCUCGGUUUUGCUACUGUUUAUGGAACUGUCACUCUCAAGCUUCACAGGGUUUUGAAAGUGUUUCUUUCACGAACAGCCCAACGGAUUCCAUAUAUGACUGGUGGACGGGUUAUGAGAAUGCUGGCGGUAAUACUCCUGGUAGUAUUUUGGUUUCUUAUUGGCUGGACUUCAUCUGUUUGCCAGAAAUUGGAGAGGCAGAUUUCACUUAUUGGCCAGGGGCAAACAUCUGAUCACCUCAUCUUCAAUAUGUGCCUCACUGAGCGCUGGGAUUACAUGACAGCAAUUGCUGAAUUUUUAUUCCUCUUGUGGGGUGUUUAUCUCUGCUAUGCAGUGCGGACAGUCCCAUCAGCAUUUCAUGAGCCACGCUAUAUGGCUGUUGCAGUUCACAAUGAGCUGAUUAUCUCUGCUAUAUUCCAUACAAUUAGAUUUGUCCUUGCCUCAAGGCUUCAGUCUGAUUGGAUGUUGAUGCUGUAUUUUGCACAUACUCAUUUGACUGUGACAGUCACCAUUGGGUUACUUUUGAUUCCAAAGUUUUCACAUUCAAGCAAUAACCCACGAGAUGACAUUGCUACAGAAGCAUAUGAGGAUGAGCUAGACAUGGGCCGGUCUGGAUCCUACCUGAACAGCAGUAUCAACUCAGCUUGGAGUGAGCACAGCUUGGAUCCAGAGGACAUCAGGGAUGAGCUGAAGAAACUCUAUACCCAGUUGGAAAUAUACAAAAGGAAGAAGAUGAUCACAAAUAACCCCCACCUCCAGAAAAAGCGCUGCUCAAAGAAGGGCUUGGGCCGAUCAAUCAUGAGGCGUAUAACCGAGAUCCCAGAGACGGUCAGCAGGCAGUGUUCCAAAGAAGACAAGGAACUCACAGAUCACAGCACAGCCAAAAGCACCGCCCUCGUUAGGAAGAACCCACAAGAGUCUUCAGGUAACACUGGGAAACCCAAGGAGGAAUCCCUGAAAAACCGAGUCUUCUCAGUGAAGAAAUCCCACAGCACUUACGAUCAUGUGAGAGACCAAACGGAAGAGCCCAAUAGCUUACCCACGGAGAGCCAAGAAGAGGAAGCCACAGAAAAGUCCACACUGGAGUCUCUGUCCAGUAAGACACUAACACAGGCACUGAAGGAAAACAGCGAGGCUGAGUCCACGGAGUCUGUGCCUUUGGUCUGUAAGUCAGCAAGCGCUCACAAUCUCAGCUCAGAGAAGAAGCCAGGGGGGCAUCCCCGAACAUCCAUGUUACAAAAGUCUCUCAGUGUCAUAGCAAGUGCCAAGGAGAAGACUCUUGGGUUAUCUGGGAAAACCCAAACAUCAGGUGUGGAAGAACGUGCUAGAUCCCAGAAACCUCUGCCAAAAGAUAAAGAGACAAACAGAAAACACUCAAAUUCAGAUAACACAGAGACUAAAGAUUCUGUCCCUCAAAACUCGAAUAAUUUGGAAGAGCCAAGAAAACAUCAGAAAUCUGGGAUUAUGAAGCAACAAAGGUCCAACCCCCCUCCUGCCAAUUCUGACAUGAGCCCACGCACCACCCAGAUGAAGGACAACUGUGACAUAGGGGAAGUGUGCCCUUGGGAGAUUUAUGACCUGACCCCUGGUCCUGUGCCUUCAGAAUCAAAGGUUCAAAAGCAUGUAUCUAUUGCAGCUUCUGAAAUGGAGAAAAACCCAACCUUUUCCUUAAAGGAGAAAUCUCAUCACAAGCCUAAGGCAACUGAACUAUGUCAGCAAUCCAAUCAGAAGAGCAUAGACAAGUCUGAGGUCUGCCCUUGGGAGAGCCAAGGUCAGACCCUUUUUGAAGAUAAGAAGCAUUUGAUUUCUAAGACUCAGGUUCCCCCAGGGAGAGCGAAAGAUGAGAAUGGUGGUCAGCAUUGUGCAGCCACUGUGUGUGCUGGGCAAUAUGAAGAACUGCCCCCCAAAGUUGUAGCAUCGAAAAUAGAGAAUGAAAAUCUCAACCAAAUAGGAGACCAGGAAAAUAAGACAUCUUCCUACAAUGCAAGUAAUAAUUUUCAGCAGCCUUUAACAUUGCGAGCUGAGGUGUGUCCUUGGGAGUUUGAGACCCCAGAUAAACCAAAUGCCGACAAUAGUGUAGCUUUACCUGCCUCUUCGACUUUAAAUGCGAAUAAGGUAGCAGGGUCUCGAAAAUAA